CAAGUUGGACACGGAUGAACCUUUAGUCCGUUCAUAUCUUGGGACAGAGGAGGGUUGGUCUCAUGAGAAUAUCUCAUAUUCAUGUGAUACUACAAGGACUGCUGGACCUGAUUAUGGGGAGCACGAUUGUCAAAUGUGCGGUGGCCGAUUUGGGCAUCCAGUGGGCUGGAUGGGCUGUGGCGGCAGCCUUUAAAACGGAGAAGUUCUAUGACCUGGCAGGAUCAGGAACAUUUAUACUGCUAGCCCACCUGAGUCACCUGUGGGGCGGGGCUGGCCAUGUCCGGCAGAAUGUGCAAACCGGCCUGGUGACCGCAUGGGGAAUCAGGUUGGGGACAUUCCUGUUCAUGCGUAUCCUGAAGGACGGCCAGGACCGCAGGUUCAACAACGUCAGAGACAACCCUGGGACCUUCUUCGUAUACUGGAGCAUUCAAGCUGUGUGGGUGUUUAUGACCCUGCUGCCCACACUGAUGCUCAAUGCUGAGAGGCGGGAUGUGCCCGUGGGUGUGAGGGAUUACAUUGGCUGGGGCGUCUGGGGCCUGGGCUUCGUCACUCAGGCUGUGGCCGACCAGCAGAAGUGGUUCUUCAAGCGUGACCCAAAUAAUGCUGGAAAAUUCAUCCAGCACGGACUGUGGGCCUACAGCCGCCACCCCAACUACCUGGGAGAGAUCCUGCAGUGGUCGGGCCUCUGGCUCUCCGCCUCGUCCGUCAUGCAGGGCCCCCAGUACCUGAGCGCGGUGUCGCCCCUCUUCGUGUGGUUCCUGCUCCGCCACGUCAGCGGGGUGCCCAUCUUGGAGAAGCAGGCCCUGAAGAAGUGGGGAUCAGACCCGGCCUUCCAGAGCUACGUGCAGAACACCCCUCUGCUCUGGCCCUUUCCUCGGUUCUAACGGACACCCUUACCAGGCACUGAUGCCCAACGUUUACAUGAACAGUGUUCUUCUAAAGAUGAAACCCACUGUUGACUUGUUAGCCGACUGACUUGUGAAAUAUGUUCUGGGCUAUUGUAUACUUUCUAUCCAACUGUGAAUACUAGCAUUGCUUCACCUUUGUCAUAAUCUUGCUGCAUUGAAAACAAAUUAAAAAAACGCACCAAACCUCGAAA